AUGGCGGAGGGAGGUGUGCGAAAAUCCAGUCGCAUUAAAUCGCGCGGACCAAUGGCUUAUGCCGAGGAUGAUUUGGAUUUGGCUUAUGACCUUCAUCUUGACAUUUCUAAUGAGAUAUCCAGUGUUCUGAAGCCAUCUGCAAAGCAGAAGAGCAGCAGUAAGAUUAGUGCAAGAAGGAAUGCCUCAGCAGCCAUGACUUCUUCACAACAGAAGAACAAAGGCAAAUUUAAUACUGGAAGAAAAACAACUUCAGACUUAGCAAAGAAAGUUGAGAAAUUUUCUGACUCAGAAGAGCAAGAGAUUAAGACAAGUUCUGAAACGUUUAAAUAUGUUGCUAAAGUAGCUACAAGUGGAGAUAAUUCUGCUAAUACUGGAGUAGAAUGUAGUAAUGUUUCUUGUUCUUUAUGCGAUUCAGUCUUUGCUUCAGAAAAAGCAAUGAAAGACCACAUGGCUGUGAUUCAUGAAGAUGAGGUAAAAUUGAAAGGGUAUUUAAUUUGUGACAUAUGCAACCAGAUGUGUGUUAAUCAGUCAGUGUAUGACAAACACAUGCAGUUACACUCAAACUGUAGGAAGUUCAGAUGUGAGAUAUGCCAGAAAGCAUUUGCUGAUACCUGCAGUUUUAAAAGGCAUAUGAAGUCCCACGAUGAUGAGCGACCUUAUACCUGUGAUCUUUGUAUGAAGUCAUUUCGUGACAACCCAAGUCUUUCUCGGCACCAGAGAACUCAUACAGAUCGACCCAGAAUGUUUAAUUGCUUGAAGUGUGACAAAGAUUUUACAGAUAAACAUACUUUGAAGCGACAUGAGCGCACGCAUAUGAGUGUACGUCCAUUUGAGUGUGAAACUUGCUCGAAAACUUUUAGUGAGCCUGGCAGUUUCCGGCGGCAUCUAAAGAUUCACUCAGGGGUCCGUAGUUUUGUGUGCCCUGUUUGCAGUCGAAGUUUUUUGGAGAAACAAAGUCUGUUAAGACAUCAGAAAAAUGUCUGUGGGUUCAGUGAUACAGCAAGUUUGCCAAGUUUCUUUAAUGCCAGCCAGAGCCAGAACGAUUGUGACUCUGACAUGAACGACUCAGAUGUGUCUCGUACAACUGUUGGUGAAAAAAAUUGUGUUUUGAAUGAGAGCACAUCACCUGAUGAAUUUAUAAAUACGCCCAAGUCCAGAUUUGCAGAGGUAAAUGAACUCAUGCUGCCAAGUAAUUCAAGGAAAUGUGAGCUUUCUGAGAAAUCAAAUGGUUUGGUUGAGCCAAAAGAUGCCCCCUCCUUGCGCAGCUUGGUACAGAAAGAUCCAGAAUUAUUUGACAGUAUAUCAGAGAUUGUAGAAAGUAUAGACUCAUAUGAAAAGAUGCUAGAUCUGUGUGGAGACACUGGGCAGGUGGCGAUAGAUGCUGCUUUAACUAGAGAACCUGCCCCGAUGCCAGACAACCUCUUGUGCUUUGAGUGUGGGGAACUGCUUGUGAAUGGUGAGAACUUUCAGGCGCAGGGGAAGAGCUUUCACUCUAGUCUGUGUAAUUCAUACAAGUGUUUAAACUGUGAUGAGGCUGAAGACUACGGAGAGCCUCCAGUGCUAACAGCAGAGAGGCCAGAAGAUGGCUCAGUCUUUCCAGCUACAGAGAAUGGUGAUGACGGAAUUACUGAUGAAACAUUGCAGACAAAGCAGAAGAAACGGACGCCUUUAAGAGAUUCUGUGAGUAAAAAUAUCUUUGGAACUGAUGAACCGCAUGAGCAUUUGAGAAAGCGGUUAAAAAGUCAGCAAGGUGUAUUUCUUCUUGAGCAGAUGUAUAACAGUUAUGCUGAUAGCAAUAAUGAGGAAGGAGAGGAGUCUGAUACGAAUGACCAUACAGAUAAUUUGAGUUCAGCUGCAACCUCUUCUCGGUCACAUUCACUUGACAGCGAAGCUACUCACAUGCUUGUGGGUAGUCAGGAUGGUACCAGUAAUCAAAAUCCAAAUGAAAGCUUGGCUGGCAACACUAGCAUCUUUGGAUACAGCCAGCAGGAUCAUGUGUUAAAGAAUUCACCUGGAAGAUCUGCUGCUCCACAAGGACAGCAAGCAUGCCUCAGCAUUACGCCAAAGAUGGAAUACGAAGCUGAUGAUCAGAGUAUUCCUUCAGUCUUCCCUUGCCAUCUGUGCACAAAGGUCUUUGCCAGCUCGGCAUUCCUUACCCGUCAUUUGAACCUACAUAAGACCUCCCCACACAAGUGCAUGGUGUGUAGCAAGACUUUCACAAAUUCACAGAAUUUGAAACGUCACGUAACCACACACACCGGUGAGAAGCCGUACACAUGCCCUUACUGCAGAAAGCGUUUCCGGGAUCCUUCCAACUUCUCAAAGCACAAAAGGGCGUGUUGUGCAUUGCAGUCAGCUGUCAACCCUGCUGUGUCUGUUAUGUCCAAGAGCUGUGUCUCAUCCCCACAGUCCUUGGAUGGUUCUGGUUCUAUGAGUCAAAUAAAUGCAACGGAUUUGAAACAGAACUUCAAUUUCCCAUCAUGUUCAGCACCUACAGAAUCCUCAGCAUCUCAGGACCUGCCUCUAAGAUGGAACUAUGAUAAUGAUGAAGAGGAAGAUUUACCGGUCAGUUUUGGUCAUCCAACUGAUGGUUCUGAUGUUCCACCUGCAGCAAAAUAUCCCCCUCCAGACUGUAGUGGUAAACAUGGGAUCAGCAGAGAGGCAUGUGAAGCUAAAGAGAGGCAGAGUCCUUACAAGGAUGGCAGUAACACAGAAAUAAAGGUAGAUGCAGAUAAUCUGGAUAUUCCCUGUGAUGUUUGCGGGAAGGUGUUUGAGAAUGAGGAUCUGCUAGAAAUACAUAUGAAGUACCAUUCUAGUGAUCCCAGAGUCACGUGUAUUGAGUGUGGUAAAUGCUUUGCUGAUCCAUUCGGUCUGAAGCGACACUUAAGGAUACACGCUGGUAUCCGUCCACAUGUGUGUGAGUAUUGUGGUCGCGGAUACUGUGAUAACUGGAGUCUGAGAAAGCACAAGUCACGUGGAUGCAUGCUUCAUGAAGUCAAAGUACCUGCCGAUUUUCUACAUCCAUGCCUCCAGUGUACCAGGGUUUUUUCUGAGUCUGAGUUUCUUGACGAGCACAUGAAUUGCCACAAUGGCUUGCUUAAGUUUGAAUGUGACAUUUGCCAGAAAGGAUUUUCUGAAGCCUUUAAUUUGAAACGUCACCGCCGUCUGCACCUGGCUGUCUGCACUAGUUGUGACAAAGAGUUUCCAGAUGUGAAUUCUCUAAAUGAACACCUGGCUAAGGAAUGCCCUUUAAACAUCUCUCAGUCUGCCACUAGCAAGGAGACAGGGUUUUCCUGCGAAGAAUGUGGACGCGUAUACACAACAAAGUCCUACCUUGAGAGGCACAAGAAGUUUCACUUGGAUCUGAAACCCUAUGCUUGUGAGGUCUGCAGUAAGAGGUUCUCUGAAGCAUUUAGACUCCGACGCCAUCUGAAGGUUCACAAAGGGGAGAAACCUUUCAGCUGUGAAACUUGCUUAAAAGAAUUCACUGACUUUAGCAGUCUGAAACGGCAUUUGUCUAACUCCUCAUGCAGUGUACCCAGAGAGCCGCAAGAUACACAAGAAAAUGAAUAUUUCUCUUGUGAUUUAUGCGAUAAAUUCUUCACCAAGAAUUACCUUCUGGCUCGCCACAUGAACGUGCACAGUAAAGAGAGACCUUUCACUUGCGAUGAAUGUGGAAGGACUUACAAAGACACAUCCAGUCUUAAAAGGCAUCAGCUGAUCCAUCAAGGCAUCAAGAGUUUCAUUUGUCCAGUUUGUGGCAAAGACUUUUUCUACUCCGACAGCCUAAAACGCCACUUGACGAGCUCGUGCGGAAAGAAAACUAAUCCACGUCGCCGCCGCAGAGGUCGAGGUAAAGGCAAGAGGAAAUCAAAUAACAACAUCAAUAUGAGAGAUAGAAACACAGCUGGAAAAAAUAUACAUGUUCAAGAUCUUUAUCAGCAGGAGGUUGAAGCAGAAAGACUUUCUCCUUCUCUGCUGCGGAAUAAAUUAACCUCCCAAGUUCAGGAUUCAUCUAGCGGUGUGAAAUUUGGACUGUGGUGCUGUCAAAAGAAUAAUCAUUGCUGGCGGUGUAGCCUGAAGUUUCGGUCAGCUACAUCCUUUCACAAACAUUUUUAUGUUCACCGUCACAAAAAACCUUUUCAUUGUCCAUGCUGCUUCUUUAGAAGUUCCAGGAAGAUGUAUUUGAGGAUUCAUCAAAGAACUCACAAGUCUUGA